AUGGGCGGUUUCCUUCGCCAGCUGGUAUGGUGGUUGCCAGCCGGUAUCGCCCUCACCGACACGGUCGUCAGUGUCUUGCUGGUGGAGGGACAGUCCAUGUGGCCCACGUUAAACGAAGAUCCCUACUUUAGCGAUCUCGUCAUCGUCGAAAAGAUAUCAUACAAGUGGCUCCAUAAAUACCAACGGGGAGACGUUGCAGUCCUUUGGGCACCUGAUCAGCCCCAUCAGCAGCUCGUGAAGCGGAUAAUUGCACUGGAGCACGAUAUCGUGUGGGACAGCGAUAAGGGCAAGCCAACCAAGAUACCGCAGGCAGGAGGGGAAGGGAUCCAGGGGGCCUCUUUGCACCAUACGCGUCCUAUGUUGGCGGUGGUGGUGAUGGUGCUGCUACUGCUACUGCCCAGUGGGGAUAAGGGAGAACACAAACGGAUCCGUACAGGCCCCAAGGGUGGGGGAAGGUGCUGGCUGGAGGGGGACAAUCCGGAAGCGAGCGGUGAUUCCAGAAACAUGUACGGACCGGUGCAUUUGGGGCUGCUGGAGGGGCGAGUCACGCAUGUCAUCUGGCCGCCUUGGCGGAUCGGCGCGGUGCGGCGGUGGUACCCGGCAGACCGGCUUAUCGUGGAGGAUUCGGGCGGGUGCUGCUGUUUGGAGGGCAUGGUAUGUAGCUGGUUGUGUGGGGGGGAAAUGGAGGCCUUGGCAGGCUGGAUCAUGUCUCACGAUUCUGGCCGUGUGUACGUCGAGGUUCUACCGCCUUUGGAGGUUGAUUCUGACGACGCCACGUCAACCGUUGAUGAAUUUAAUCCAUACACGACCGCGGAUGCCCUAAGCGCCCCCGCCGAAGGCCUGGUGGGCGGCGAGCCCGCGCUGGAGUCCCUCCUGGCUGAGGGCGGCUCCGACCUGUCCGCGGACCGCAUCUGCGCCAUCUUCCCCUUCCCGCUGGACACCUUCCAGCGGCGAGCCCUGGAGCUGUUCCUAGAGGGCCGCUCCGUGGUGGUGUGUGCGCCCACGGGGGCGGGCAAGACGGCCAUUGCGGAGGCGGCGGCGGCGGCCACGCUGGCGCGGGGACAGAGGGUCAUCUACACGACGCCCCUCAAGGCUCUGAGCAACCAGAAGCUCUUUGAGACGCGGCGGCGGUUCGGCCACGUCCGGUGCGGUCUCCAGACUGGUGACGUCUCUCUGAACCCCGAUGCCAACAUCGUGGUGAUGACCACGGAGAUCCUGCGGAACAUCAUGUACCGGACUGCGGAGCUAGCGGAGGAAAACAACACCGGGAGCCUGUCCACUCGCGAGGCCCGCCUGGGGAAUGUUGGCCUCAUCGUGCUGGACGAGCUGCUGUGUAUGAGCGCCACCGUGCAGAACCCGCAGGACCUGGGGGACUGGAUUGCCAAGGAGCACAUGCCGUGCGAGACCGUCCAGACGAGAUUCCGCCCCGUACCCCUGCACUGGCACUUCGCCUUCCAUAAGGCCCCCAAGGCAGGUCGUGGAAUGUGUGCCCUCCAGCGGCGAGUCAACCAGCGCCGUACCCCCGACACCUCCCGCACCAUCAGGCUCCUGGCGGAACAAGAUAUGCUGCCAGCCAUUUGGUUCAUUUUGAGCAGGAAGGAUUGCGAUGUGAACGCUCUCCGCGCCGGCGGCUUGCUGCUGACCAGCCCCGCGGACCAGGAGGCGAUAGCGGCGGAGGUGGCGGCGCUGAGGGCGGACCAGCCCGAGGCGGUGCGGGAGGAGCUGGUGCCGGCGCUCAUCUCCGGCAUCGCCAGCCACCACGCCGGUCAGCUGCCGGGCUGGAAGUCCCUGAUGGCGGGCAGGGCGGGGAGGAGGGGAUACGACACGGAGGGAAACUGCGUCGUGCUGCAAAACAGGUUUGAGGGGGCCGAGGAGGCCUGGCAGAUAAUCCGUGGGGGUCCCGAGCCCCUGGUCAGCCAGUUCUCCAUCAGCUACGGGCUGGUGCUCAAUCUGCUGUCCGUUAAUACAUUGGACCAGGCUCGUGAGUUCGUGAGCCGCUCCUUCGGCAACUACCUGUCCACGGAGGGCAACACGCGCAAGGAGGCUGAGGCGUCCGCGCUUGAGGAGGAGGCCAGGGGCCUGGUGGAGUCGUUCAAGGCGCUGGCGACCGUCCGGGCCAAAGAACUCAACGUGAGCGGUUCUUCCGGUUCCGAGGGGGUUCCGAGGGGGUUCCGAGCGGCCGGCGCCUGGGCCCUGCAGACCACCCAGGGCAACCCCACCACCUCCGCAGUCACCCGGCAGCUGCAGAGCAGGGUGCCGUACACUUUUGUGGAAUUGGACCAGCAGCUUGCAGAUAAGAUCAUGUCGGACUCCAACCUGGACGACGGCGACAUGGCCCGGCUGCUCAUCCGCACCAUAGACCUGCUGAAGCAGCUGCAGCACAACAGCCACCUGCUGCCGGAGCUGCGGGAUGCGGCGGCGGAGGCGCUCCGAGGGAUGGACCGCAAGCCGGUGGCGGAGCUGACGUUCUGA